AUGAACCGUCCUUCGAUCCAGAGGCUCACCCAGCUGCGUGGGGCUUCGGCUCGACGCGCUUCAACGCGGCUCGUCGGCCCCGGAUGCAGGACACCCUCGGCGGCCAACCCGACGAUUCGGCACGGGGCCCGAUGCACCACCACCAGCCCGGCGACGGCGGCUUUUGCGAGUCUGCAGUCGCCGUCAUCGUCGUCGCGGAGGCUGUUCAGCAGCACGGCGCAGAGACUCAACGAGGAGGCCGAAGAUGAGGAGGACACGGGCAGUUAUAGCGAAGCCGACCACGAGCAUGCCGUCAUCUCGACCUUUGACCUGUUCUCCAUCGGCAUCGGCCCGUCGUCGUCUCAUACCGUCGGGCCCAUGCGCGCCGGCAACAUCUUCGUCGCCGAUUUGGCCGAGGCGAACCUGCUGCACAAGGUCAACAAGAUCCGCGUGUCCAUCUACGGCAGCCUGGCCCUGACGGGCGAGGGCCACAUGACGCCUUCGGCUCUGCUGCUCGGCCUCGAGAGCGCCGACGUCGAGACGGUCGACACCGCUUACGUGCCCGAGAGGUUCACCGAGAUCAAGAACACCAAGAAGCUGUUCCUCGGCCAGGGUCUGUCGGACGGCAAGGGCAAGGAGGUGGCCUUCGACUACGAGCGCGACUUCGUCUGGGAAUGGGGCCGGAAGCUGCCAAUGCACAGCAACGGCAUGCGCUUCACCGUCUUUGACGAAGACGGCUACGUGUUGGCCACCAACGACAUGUUCAGCGUCGGCGGCGGCUUCGUCGUCAACGGCGCCCUGUCCAUCAACCCGGAUGCGACGUCGUCGUCGUCAUCGUCCUCGAUGAUCCGAGCGGCUGAGUCCCCAGACGGAUCUGCUGAGGGAACCGGAAGACACCCGGCCGAUCUGGCGGAGAACAUGUUCUACAAGGAGAUCAGACGGUCCGACGCCGCCGGCGAUCGUCGGAACGGUGCCGAGGUCAAGCCUCUCGACGAGGCCAAAGAUGACACGAUGCUGCUCGAGGGCGCCCAGGCCGGCCACCUCUCACCCGUAGCAUCGGCAUCGUCCGGCAACGGGAUUGAGGGACCGGAAAGCAGCGAGACGUCCGGGGACGGGGAGCUGUCUGGUCCUCGGUACCCCUUCCGAGACGCCACGAGCCUGCUGGCGCUGUGCCGCAAGCACAACCUCACCAUCGCCCAGCUCGUGUACGAGAACGAGAAGAGCCAUGGCUACACCGACGAGGAGAUCUACCACAAGCUGUUCAAGAUCUGGCAGGUCAUGGAUACCAGCAUCCUAGAGAGCGUGCAGGCGCCACUGGACACGAAACUGCCGGGCUCGCUCAAGCUUCACCGGCGAGCUCCGGCCCUGUACCGGAGGCUGACCCGGGGACUCUACUCCACGGCCGGCCACACCUCCCCCAACCCGAUAGACAAGGGAACCGGCGACAAGCCUUCCCUACCGGGCGCAUCGACCGGGUCACCGUCGCCGUCGACCCCUGCGGCACUGAGCAAGCCCAGGCGCCAGGGCCUCACCGUAGGACGGCGCCAACCUCCCCGGAUCCUCGGCUCCCUGGACCACCCCAUCACCCCGUCCCCUUCGCGACGCACCACGUUCCCUACCAUGGACUAUCUCACCGUCUACGCCAUCGCCGUCAACGAGACCAACGCCGCCGGCGGACGCAUCGUGACGGCCCCGACCAACGGCGCGGCCGGCAUCAUCCCCGCCGUGCUCAAGUACACCAUCGAGUUCAUCAGCGACGACCCGGAGCGCGACAUCGCGACCUUCCUGCUCACGGCCGCUGCCAUCGGCAUGCUGUACAAGCGCGGCGCCACCAUCUCCGCUGCCGAGGGCGGCUGCAUGGCCGAGGUCGGCGUCGCCUGCUCCAUGGCCGCCGGCGCCUUCGCCGCCUGCAUGGGCGCCAGCCCCGAGGCCAUCGAGCAGGCCGCCGAGAUCGGCAUCGAGCACAACCUCGGCCUGACCUGCGACCCGAUCGGGGGCCUCGUGCAGGCGCCGUGCAUCGAGCGGAACGCCCUGGGCGCCAUCAAGGCCAUCUCGAGCGCCAACCUGGCCCUGAGCAGCGAGACGGGCACCCAGAAGGUCCGCCUCGACGACGCCAUCCGCGCCAUGCGCCUAACGGCCAAGGGCAUGAGGAACGAGUUCAAGGAGACGAGUCUGAGCGGGCUCGCGACGAGCGUGCCUUUCAACAUCCCCGUCAGCGUGCCCGACUGCUAA